UAACAGUUUUAUUUGUGUGUGAUCAGAUUGCAGGAGACAUGCUGUGUGCAGACCAGAACUUUGACAUUGCUCAAGUGAUCCGCUUCUUCAGGUCAGAGCCUGGAGAGUUAAUCAUAUACUACGAGUUGGAGGAAAGUGAGAAAAGCAGCUCCAGAGGUAUAGUGGAGGUUUCCCCCGACACCCACAGGGUAACACGCUUCUUGGAGAAACCUCAGGACAGGCUCACAGCGUCCCGGCUGGCCAGCGUUGUGUUUUACUGUCUCCAGAGAGACACACUGUCCCACCUGUCCGACUUCCUGCGCCUGCAGCCUCAGGCAUCCUUCGGACGAUUCUGGGAGUGGCUCGUCAAUGAGAAGCAACUGGAUGUGUUUGGGAUGAAGCUUCCUACUGGCUUCCAGCUCAUUGGACAAGUGGGCCUGUCAGACUACACCAAGUGGCUCACCCACUACUCCACCAAGCAACAAGACAACCCUGCUAAACCAAUCACAUACAGAUCCUUUGCCCGGGUUGGAUUGAUGGGGAACCCCUCGGAUGGCUUCAACGGGAAAACCAUCGCCAUGUCCAUCUCUAACUUCUGGGCCGAGGUCACUCUUGUGGAGAGCCAGACUUUGGUGUUAGUCCCUCAUCCCCUCAACGACCCCACAGAGUUUGGAAGCUUGCAAGAUCUGUUCUGCAUCAGUAGGAAGGAAGGGUACCUGGGAGGUCUGCGGCUGCUGCAGGCUACCUGCAAGAAGUUCUACCAGUUCUGCUCCAAACAAGGUAUUGCUUUGACAAAGCAGAACUUCACACUGAAGUAUGACACCAACAUUCCUCGGCAAGUGGGCCUCGCUGGAAGCAGUGCCAUCGUCUCAGCUACUUUGAAGUGUCUCAUGAAGUUCUACAAUAUCACAGACAAUGAUCUCCCAAAGCCGAUCCGAGCCAACUUCAUCCUCAACGUGGAGACUGAUGAGCUCUUCAUCACUGCGGGCCUGCAGGACAGAGUUGUUCAGGUGUAUGAAGGCUUAGUCUACAUGGAUUUCAGCAAGAAUCUCAUGGCAGAGCAGGGCUACGGGAACUAUGUUUCUAUGGACAUGAGUGUGCUCCCACACUUUUGGCUGGCUUACCUGAGCGACCCCAGCGACUCUGGACGCAUCCACAGCAACAUCAGACAGCGCUGGCUCAGUGGUGAGUCUUCUUAUGGAAAAUGA